AGGGGGAGGAGAUAGGUGUCAGCGAACUGGCUAUGUAGCCGGCUUAAUGGCCACACUUUAGGCACAGCGGGACUGUAUCAUGCAUACACUAUGAUUUUUGUGUUGCUAGACGAACGUUUGCUCAAAUUAGUUCUACGACAACGGAUCCAGUGCGACAGGUCCUAAAAUACUAUGCAGCUAAAGACUUCACAGUGAAUGUAUCGAAUAUUAUCGGGCAAGCAAUAGGGUCGGUCGGUCGAUUUGGCAUAACGGUUCAGCUAUCAGUAGGCUAGUACGGCGGCGAAAGACGAGAAGAGAAGUGCCCUCGCAAUAUAAGUCAAAACAACACUCUCGAGCGAGCCAUCGACUUCAACAGCAUUUCGCCGCUCUGAAAUAAUAUUGCUGAAGCAACGAUCCGACCGCAGCACAUCGGGGCGGGAGUCAUAUUCUGAUUCGGACCAAGACAGAGACCACACGUCAGAAGCGGCAUAUUCUGAUUCGGACCAAGACAGAGACCACACGUCAGAAGCGGGAGGAGGACACACAGACACAUCCAUUUGUCUUGCUUGACGCGAGUAAUCUGAUUUCUUGCAGAUAUCCCGAAUACGGAAUAAAACGACAAAACACAAAGAUAAUGUUGAACAAUUCUCGACGUGUAGGCUACCACCAGGACCCAACACACUGAUUUCCCCUUGAUCCGACCGACCGGGCCGCAGAACGGGACGCCGCAAAACCCAAAUACCCAGAAGCCACCCAGGCCUCUGCUGGUUAUGAGCAGAGGGUUGGGAGGGAGGUGUGGGACGUUAACAAACAUUCCACCCACAGCUUUAUCGUAGCCCUCUCUUUCCUCAUGUAUCUAUUUUAUUAACAUUAACUGUAACUACUAGCAAGUCCAUUUUCAUUCCCAAAAUAUCCCCAAAACUAGCCUACUAAAAACAAAUACAGCAUUUGACCACAGACCGCAUUAGCAUAACAUAGCAUAACACUAGCAUAACAUUGCUAUUAGCAUAACAUAACUAGCAUAACAUUACACAAAUUCUGUGCCAGUGUUCUAUUGACAAUACUUACACGCUGCCACACAUUCUAAUUAUAUACCCAUCAAUACCUUCAAACAUCUAGCAGCAAAUGAUAAUUGGAAACUCUGCUACCGUAGCUUUGAGAGUACCCUGCAUAGAUCAGUCAUUCAACCAUUCCCACUUGUCAAGUGGUUUGAGGGCAGUGGUGAGGCACCUGUUGAAACACACACACACACACUCUGGGACCAUGCUGAGCAUCCUGGCUGCCGGCUCCAUCUUCUUCCCGGGCCUGUUUCUACUGUCUAAGAGAUGCCUGAAACACGGCCCAGGCCUGGGCUUGAGCGAGGGAGACGCCACUAUCGUGUCUGCCAGGCUGGUGUCAUCCAUCCAAGCCAUCAUGGCUUCCACAGCUGGCUACAUCAUCGCAUCCUCCUGUGAGGACAUCAUCGAGGAUCAACACUGGCUUACCAGUACCUAUAUCCUGUUUGCGGUGCCCUACUUUGCGUACGACAUCUACGCCAUGUUCCUGUGCUACUGGCACAAGCUGCAGGUCAAAGGGCACGAGGAGGAGGGCGGCAGGCCUAAGCCAAUGGGCUCGGCAGUGGCCAGCUACCUGCGCCGAGAGUUCCUCAUGGUGCUGCACCACGUCGUCAUGGUGACCAUCUGCUUCCCCGUCUCCGUGUUCUGGAGGCAGGGAAAGGGGGAUUACUUCCAGGGUGUCAUGUUCAUGGCUGAACUCAGCACUCCGUCCGUCUGCCUGGGGAAAAUCCUCAUCCAAUACAAGAAGCAGCACACUCUUCUUCAUAAAGUGAAUGGCGCUCUCAUGCUGGUCACUUUCUUCAUCUGUCGAGUUCUGCUCUUCCCCUACCUCUACUACGCCUACAGCAGGUAUGCCUCCAUCCCCCUCUACACAGUGCCCCUGGUGGCUCCCUGGCAGUGCAACGUGGGGGCCUUCUGCCUCAUGGCCCCACAGGUCUACUGGUUCACCCUCAUCUGCAGGGGCGCCUUCCGCCUCUUCACCGGGGCCUCGCGCUCCCGACCCCCGGCCCCCCUCAACAAGCCUGAUGGGGGCUGCUGCCCUGGCCAGGGAGACCGUUUACCUCUUCCAGCCAACGGCUACAGUCCCGUCCCCUACCAGGCAGACAGAGAGACCGACACGCACUGAGAAAGAGAAAGAAAGCGGGAGGGAAAGGAAGAUAGAGCACUGUGGGGAUGGGGCCAGCCAGACCAGGCCAGGGGAGGGAAGACGGAGGUCUGUCAAGGGAAUGUAUUGUACUGUAUUGCAAUGACGCUGUAACCUAGGAGAGAGAAGAGAGGGAGAGAGGAAAAAUUGUUUCUCAUCCACUACCACUCUCCCUCCCUCCAAUGCCCCUUUAGAGUUACAUUGACCUCUGGAAGACGAGAGAGACAGAUUGAAAGAGGAGAGGGUGAAGAAAGAAAGAAAUGAAUAAGGGAGAGAGAUAGAUAGAAGCAUAGACAGGAGAAAGACUUGUGAAAUGGCAAGUAUUUAAAUAUUACAUGGCUGUACACACUGAUUUCAAACGGAAUGGGGAAAAAAUGUAUGGAUUGGAAAGCGAAAGGAUGAUAGGAUGAGAGAACACAUUGAAGAGCAAUAGUGAUAGAGGGAUGCACAGAAGGAUACAGACUGAUUAAGCAAGAGCGAAAGAUCUUAUUUGACUGAGUUAAAGGGAUAGAUAAAAAGUAGUCAUCUCUUGAAAGAGGAAUUCAACUGCUGUUCUAGAUUAGGGACGGAUACAAAAUGAAUAUAUCAUAAUGUAUAGAAAUAUGUAGUCAAUUAUUAUUUGGUGACCAUUUGAUUUUGGUGACUGCAAAAAGGGGAACAAAGACAAUACCAGUAUUUCAACUUGGGAUUCUGGUACUGUAUUAUUUGUCCAUCAAGAUGAUCUACUCUGGAUCGAUUGAGUGGGUCUUGUCUUGGGAAAGGACAGAGGGACAUGCACCAGCACCUCUGGUAUCGCUUAGUUCUGCCUUCUCCCCCCUCUGAAAUUCUCUCUCUCUCCCUUUUCUCCUUUGAGAGAACUAAUGUGGUAGGACAGGAAGGGAGUUUACCCCAAAAUGUGACAAGUUUAUAAUAGUAGAAUAGUACAUUUUAGGUUUUUAUAUUUAUCUCAUUCAAAGCAUUUAUUUAUUUAUUCAUGUUGAUAGUUUUUGAUUUAUUUAUGUAUUGUGAUUUCUUAGUACGGGUAAACAUUUGUAUUCCUCCCACCCUCUUGUACUCACUCCACACUUCAAUCAAAAGAGGAGAGAGAUGGAAUGUUGGAGAGAGAUUAAUGGAGAGAAGGGGGAGCUGUAGACUCAAAUGGGACAAUGAUGCAGCCACGCUGUCCCAGUCACCCACCCAAGUUGAGUAACGAUGGCAGGCAGUCUUCAAUACACCACUGGGUGGGUCUGUGCAGCUUACCAGAUCUUUACAAUGCCUGGAUAGGUGUUUAAUGGCUCAGAAACCCCAUCAACAUGAUAUAACGCUCUUAUAAUGUGCACAGAACCUGUGUAUCAGGAACACUGCUAUCAUCACCAUGGUACUGCAAUGUUUGGGAAGGCUGUUGUGGAAUAUGGUCUCCUGCAGACUAAACAGGGGAACCACGUUUUAGAAUCUAGAUGCAUUCUAGAGGCAUUGUACAGGCGUUCUAGAGUCUGCUGAUGAUAGGGAUUCCUAGAUGAUCUAAAGCAGUAUUAUGAAGGAUUUAGAGAGAGUAAGUUGUUGCAGUGUGUUCAACUGUAUGGGUGGGAUUUGAAAUGGAUUGCACUGGCUGACUGGUGCUAGUAAUGCACUGUACUGGCAACUGAGGUACUCUAGUCUCUUUAUGCACUGAGGGAUUUGUUUGAUAGGACCGAAGAAGAAACACAUUGACAAUGGACUGAGAGAAGGGACUGUUGAGGUUGGGGGGGGCAUGGGUAGUAACAUACAGCCAUACACAGGCUCCAAGUUCUAAUUUUUCGCCACUAUUAUUACUUGUGUUUGUUCUGGUGCCGUUUACUCAUGUUGACACAGUGCGCAAUGGCACCAAUGUAGCUAUCUAUCUAAGGUUGUGUCAUAAAUGCCAUUUGGGACGAAACCUAAGUCAAUAGGGUUGAAAUGUGCUCCUUGAAACUCAACCCCAAGGUGAGCGGACCUUGAACACUUGACCACUGCCAUGGGUUGUGACUUGGGAGCAGGUCGACAGUGGGACUCUACUAGCCUGGUCCCAGAUCUCUACUGGUACAUGGAAGAAAAGUGAACAGAUAAAGGGACUACUGUAUAAUACGCUGGACUAUACUUAUUGCAUCAGGCUGUUUUCUGCGAAUGGCUUUUUGACCAUUGGCCAAUAUUAACCUGGGAACACUAACACUUAACUUAGAGUUACUAUUUACAAUGGUCAGUUAUGGUACUGAUUAAAAUGGCUUAUUGAGGACUUGUUAAUCUCCGCACCCAGAACCAAAUCAGUUACUCGAUUUUAACAUUUUGAAAUGUUUUGUUACGAUAGAUAUAUUUUUAUUUUCAUUCAUGCUUUAUAACUGAUUUAAAGGCACUGAUUAAAGGUACAUUGAUUGGGAAAUUGUAUGAUCAACAUUCUUUUGCAUGCCAAAAAGUACUGCUAAGUGUCGGACAAGGGAUAUAAACUGUAGUGUUGAUCGUACAAAUCAAAUGUCAUUCCUCAAAAAUGAAUGAUAUGUUCACAAAUGUCAGUUGUAACAAAGAUUAGGGUCUCUAUUCAAUCCGCAUUACGGAAGGUCAGCUUUACAGCGUGAUUGAAAUUUAAAGGCAAUGUUCCCACUUUAGCGGAGACUGCAUUCACGGUAAACGCUGCAUAUGACGGCUCAAUCGGAAAUUGCCUAUACAUUUAUAUCGCGUAAUCUGUAAUGCUUCAGUUUAACGGAUUGAAUAGAGCCUUAUGAUUAUAUUUAGGCGUCUUCAACACCAGAGCUGUUUUUUUCUGUUCCUCAUCUGACUGAAAGAGGUCGCUGAAACUGCCACUAAAUAUCAGUUGCACUCGAUUGCAAAGUUUAGUUCCAGAAGAUAUGCUUUGAGUGAGUGGGAUAGUUGUUGGAGUUAAAAGACAAGUUGGUGAUGAGUUAAGCCAAAACUGUAACGGCAUCUCCUUGCAACUGACCCCCUCUAGUCCAUUAUAAAUGAUGCCUUCAUGUUAAACCCUAUGAGCAAAAAAAUAGGUAUUUCAACCAAUUUUCCUUACAAGUGUUACCUCCCAAAAGAAAACAUCAUCCAUUUUACCAGUACCUACAGUUCGGUAUGUGUCCUCUGCCAUAUUGUUUAUUUUAUUAAUUUAUUUUAAUGUGUCUCUGUUAUUUAUUGAAGAGGUUUGAAUGUACAUAUGAAUACAUAUGUAGAUGAUAUAUAUCCUGGACGUAUGGGCUUGUGUUCUGUCUGUUGACUGCUGCCUGACUAACCGUGGGCUCUACUGUGUAAACUCCUGUCUGUGUCUGAAAUGGUACACUGUUCCCUACAUAGUGCACUACUUUUGACCAGGGCCUGGUUAAAGUAGUACACUACAGUAUGUAGGGAACUCUAGGGUGCCAUUUUGUACACAGACCUGUUCUGUUGACUGACAUAUACUCUCCUCUCCUGCUCUGACUACCAACGUGACAUCAUGAUUCUACCAUUCUAGCGCCAAUGCAUUGCUUUUGACAACAUGCACCAGUCUCAUCGUGGUGAAGAACUUUGAGUGAAGUUUUGCUUUACAUGCAACAGAUUGACCAAUAAAAUCCUCCCCAUUGUUUGUGCAUAAAGAAGA